GUUGAACAGCAGUCAUCAUGUAGAGCACGGAAUAACAUUUCAUGGAUCGCUUGGGAAUUUCAUGAUGCUGACGCAGCUAAUCACCAAUGAUGAAUGAGACAGGGUUUCGGAGGGUCCUCCCUGUCCAGUCAUCAGGGAGCGGGCACACCAUUGGCACCCUACGCCACCCAAGCAUCAUCGACCCUAUUCUAUCAAAGAGAGUCUGCUUUUACAAAAGUGGAGAUCCUCAGUUCAAUGGCCUACGCAUGGUCAUCAACAACCGCACCUUUAAAACAUUUGAUGCACUCUUGGACAGUCUCUCUAAGAAAGUUCCCCUGCCGUUUGGGGUGAGAAACAUCACCACUCCGCGGGGGGUUCAUGCAGUCUACACUUUGGAUGAACUGGAGGAUGGCAAAUCCUACAUCUGCUCUGACAGCCGUAAAGUAAAACCGAUCAAUCUGGCGCUGGCCAGGAAGAAGCUGCCGCCCUGGUACCACGCCAGGCCUGUUAGUUCCCGUCGUCGGACUGUGCAGCAGGCCAGGUUUUUCCCUGGCAGGAACAUUCACAAGCAGGAGCCUGUGCUUGUGCACACUCCAAAGAAGCUGCUGGUUUUUCGCAAUGGUGACCCCAGUGUAAAACACACUGUGGUGCUUAACAAGAGGACUACGCCAACGUUUGCGUCCAUCCUGGAAUAUAUAUCAGAGCUGGUCCAGUUUCAUGUCGUGAAAUUACACACAGCUGAUGGUAGACGUGUGGACAGUCUUCCAGGCCUGAUACUGUGCUCUGGGACUGUAGUGGCUGCAGGCAGGGAGCCAUUCAGGCAUGCAAACUACAAUGCACAGAAAUCACCAGCUCCAACAAUGCUGCCUACCAAAGGAAUGGUUCACAGGAGAUUAAAACGUAAAAAGAAGCCACUAUUAUACACUUCAAAGUCAAGAAAUUUCUCCCCCUCAUCAGAGAUGUACAUCAUGAAUCGGAUCCAUGACUCCAUCGCAGAAAGUUCAUGUGACCUACCCAGUCACUCCGUCGAGCUGGAGUCGGGUCGUAUGCUGGAGUCAGUACCAGAAACACCUGACACUUGCCUUGGUGUUGGAUCUGAAGGACAGGGAAGCUUGCUGCCCACAGAUGAUGACAUUGAAAAGUCCUUUCGAGUGAACCAAGAUGGCAGCAUGACAGUGGAGAUGAAGGUGCGGCUGACAAUCAAGGAAGAGGAAACCAUCCACUGGACGACCACUCUGUCACGCUCAAGUGUUGCCAAUCAGCUAAAUGCAGCCAGUUUACCAGAGCCUGAGGCAGAGCAGGAGAUCAGCUCACUAAAAUCAAAUUCACUGGAUUUACAAAGUCCUGCCUCCUCUAUUGACACCAUCAACCGGGACAAAACUCAGGAUAAUAAUGAUGAGGAUCCACCAUCGCUGAGCAAUGGCACUUUCAGUGAAAGUGGUAAUGAGGGCGAUGAUAUCAAAGAACAGACGGAAGUGAUGUCCCCUCGGAGAGCUCCUACACCAGGGCACAAACAAAUUAGAAAAAAGCAAGCCUCUGUGGAAAGCAUAACAUCAGUGACGGCAAAUGGGAUUCAGGAGGGUAUGAUCGGUUCUUACUCCUACAGGGAGCAGACAGGAAAUGGAGCCAUGACUGAGCAGUACUGCAUGGUCAAACAGAGCAGACCAGUGCCCAAACCUAGAAGACUUGGCUCUGUAGAUGCAAGCAAUAUUAACAGUAGAAAUGUAUCCACGUUCAAAUCAGCAGGGAUGACUGAAUUCCUACAGACUGAUUCCAGCAGAGAGGAGGCAACUGAAACUGUCUUCCACAUAUAUGAACAGCAGACCUGCCAGGAGAAUUUCUUUGCAAAUGUUUGUGCACAGGCUGCUGCUGGGAUUCCUUUCUGCAGGCCAGCUACUUCAGAAACUGGACAGCUCUCCUCUAAUAAUGAGUUUGAACCUCAGCUCUGGAGACCAUCGACAGCUUCAGAGUCAAUUAGCAUCUGGAGAGCUGAGAGCAUGUCAGUAACAUCUGAUUUAACCUUGCCUUCACUGAGGACUCAAGCAACAAAUGCUCGGCAACCAUACCAAAAGCCAACUAAAGGCAAAGGUAAGCCUCAACAAAGAGAGGUCAAUAAAGAUAGGAAGGUGUCCUCAAAACCCAAAGCGAUCAACAAACGUGUUCGCCGUCUAAUGUCACCAGGGAAGAGACAAAAAGAAAAUUCUGCAGCUGCAACAGAGAAAAGUAAGAAAGCAAAAACUUUCUCCAGUGCUGGCUUCAUUAGGAAAAUUUAUGGGAAUAAAUCAAAAUCAGCAAAAAGCAUGAUGAAGCUUAAAAAGGGACCAAUGCAAAAAGGAGACGGGGGCGUUGCAACAAAGAGCUCACAAGACUCAGAUGACACAAUAAAAUGUAUUCUCACAGAUCCAAACAUGCCAUCAGCAUCGACAGAAGCCAUGAAUGAGACAGUUUCUUUUGAAAAAAGCAGCCUGAACGUUGCUCCCAAUGAAGUAAGCCAGCCACGGGGAAUACUGACACGGCAGACAUCAGUGCAUCAGGAGAAAAAGAACGAAAACGGGUCCUAUGAUGUCAGUGAAAGCAUGUCACUGCCUGCUUUUAACUCUGCCAGCUCUGUUACUAAUGAAUAUGUGGAGAACUGGCUGGAGAAAGCCCAUCUUAACCCCACAGCCUACCCAGAUCAGGAAAGUAAAAUAUUAGAAGUACUUGAACAAACAGAAAACAGGUGCGGGGAGUCUGAAAAUAAGAAUGGUUUAACUGUGGCAGAUGAGGUAAAGCAUUUGGAGGAGACAUCAGAAAUACAAACUCUCAAAACUGAUCGACUGCCUGAGCAUGUGCGAGGAGCUUCUGUCAAGCAAAGAAUCAAGUCCUUUGAAAAUAAAUCAUCAAGUCCAUCAGUGGCAAAAACCACAGUCAAUCAGCAAACAGAAAACUACAACAGUUUGGCUCAGAAAAAUAUUAAAGAAAUUAAGCCUCUCUCGGAUCAUAACAGCUCUGAAAUAAUUCCACCAACUAAUGAGAUGUCAACAAAAAUGCCACCAGACAGUGAAGUAGAAAGUCCAGUCAAAAUCGCAUUUAAAAAAGCAACACCUUCCAGUACGCUUUCCAUGGAGCUACCACCACCACCCCCUGCUGAAAAUACUGAGCUGUCAGGCGCUGAAUAUGGUGAGAUGGAUGCAUCCUCAGUGGCCAGCAGCCCACUAUACAGGCUUUCAUCAGUGAGCAGUCAGCUGUCAGAUAAUCAUCCAUUAUCCAUCAGUCCUGCAUCUGACAAGGCCAUAUCACCAACUGACCACACAAUGCAAACAACAACAUCAAUUCAGACUGACGUUCCUCCCACGCAGAGAGAAGCACCAUUACAAAGAACUCCAUCCAUUAAAAGGGCCCCUUUGGUUAGUAAUACAUCUCUUGACAGGAAAAUGUCUCUCAGAAAGGCUUGUCUAGAUAAAUAUACUUUAUGUAGCGAUGCCACUUCAGAGACAUCAUCUACGCCCAUCAACAUAGUGGGUGAUAAUGUGCUGCCAAAUGGCGUCUGCUCCACGGGGAUACAACGGCCAAGUGAAACCUCACCAGAAGAGACACACCAAUCAAACAGCAUGUUAGAUUUGAAAAGUAGUCCGUCAUGUUCUGUAUCUCCGGCUAGUUUAACAACUGAAGAGAGGAUGUCACCAGCCAGUACUUUAUCAAGUGAGGCUCCAGCACUGAGUGAUCUUCCAUUUAAAGAGACAAAAACACAAUUUUUAACACAAAAAGACACAUCAUCACCGAAACCCUUGGUGAAAAAACCUUUUAGCAGUCCAUCUAUGGAGAGAAAAUCCCAAACCAAAAAAUUCUCUUCUGAGCUUCCUCAAAACUCUCCAAAAGCAUUACAUAACCACCCUCCAGAUAAAACUAGGUCACCAAAUAUAGGAAUACGAAGACAGCCAACACCAAUUGCUAGCCCCUCCACUGAGAGAAAGCUUUAUAAAUCUAGAAUGCAAAAGAGGCCAUCUCCAUAUUCUCAGUCUCUGGACAUGGUGUCACCACCCAUCAGACAUAAGUCAAGUGGAAAGUUGCUCUCCAGAAAUCUCUCCUCAGACAAUGCAAAGGAACAAAUACAAAGGAAAUCAUCCCUAAAGAAGCAUCACCAAACACCACAGUCAACAAAACCAACAUCUGAACUGGACAAAACACCAAUUUCCAACCCUCUCAUGCCAUUAGAAGUUGAUCAGAGUGAUGACAAUACAGGGACAGAUGACCUUUUAAGAGCAGAUCAAGAGAAAUCUAUAACUCAAAUAAUUCCACAGCCAUUAAACACCUCAAAUCAGCCAAACAUGAAACUUGUCCUUGAUAAGAUUUGCUACUCAAUAAAGUCAAUCAGACAAAUCACCCAGAACAAACGACCGUUAUGUCUGGAAAAGUCCAACAGCCUGCCGGACUUCUCCUCUCAUGUGGCCUCUACGUUCGGCUCAUCAUCUAAAGCUCUUCUUGCUUUCUUGUCUGUCAUGACCCUAAAGGAAGGCAUGUCUAGCUUGAACAUGGAUGAGCUGAAUGCAAACAAUGUCAGAUGUGCCGAGGCUUUAAGAAUGAUUGACUCUCUAAGAGAAAUUGCCAGCAUGGAGGAUUCCCAGAAGUUGAAGGCUAGUUUGUCCAAUUUGCAGCAGUCUGCUUCGAAGCAGCUCCUGCAAAGUUGGAAGGGUUUUCAGGAACUUGGUGACAAAUGCAAGAGUCGCAGCUCAACACCAAAUGGUUCAGAGCAAGAAGUCGAGACUGAGGGUGGUCCUGAAAAAGACUGUAGCAUUGAUGAAAAUGUCACUGAUGAGCUCAUGGAUAGUCUUGACAUACCUGAGGAGCUCAAGGAGGAAUUGGCCUCUCUUUCAGUGGGUGUUGUAUGUGAUAGUGAUGAUGAAGAAGAGACGCCUGCAAGGACAAUCAAAAAAGUGGAAGCAAAAGAUAACAGUAAUGCGAAGGAAUCCACUUUCUCCACAGAAGAUGCUGUUAAUGUCAGGGGUGUUACUCAAGAUGAAGAAGCUAAUGUUGACGUGAGCUCCAUCAUUAAAAAAUUCACAGACAUUGCCCAACCAAAACAAUCCAGCACAGGUAGUAUAACUAGAGACACUAAAGACAAGGAUAGCCUAUAUGGGCAGAAAGAUUCGGCCAAAUGUCCAUCAGCUGAACUUGAUAGACAGAUACCUGAAGAAAGGCAACCUGACAGUACAGUGUUUUUUGUAAAAGACAACGGGCAGCAAAGCCACGAUGAAAUCAAAACAAGCCAUGAAAAGGCUACCAUGAAUGAAGCAGUCAGCUGCACGAAAAGUCUUGAACAAGACAGUUGUACCUCGGAGGUAGAGGAGGAAGACAUGGAAGGUAAUCAGCUUCCCAUGCAUGGUGAGGAGAGCAUCCCUGAGAAUGAGCUUACCCUUGGUGAUGAGUCAGGUUCAGAUGAGGAAGGGCAGAACAUGUCAAGUGCCACUAAAGAUUUAGAGCAGAAUAUGACCUGUGAGCAAAGGGUAUCCAGCUCAGAGUCAGGUGAGCGACAUAGUUCAGAGGAUGAACCAGAAGCUGAAUGGGAGGAGCUACAAAAGGAGAGCAGGGGAAGUGACAACUUGUCCAACCGUGAAAGUCACUCUGAGGAAGAAGAGGAAAAGCUACAAAGCUCUGAUUACUAUGUAGAACUGAAUGCAAAGGAAAGAAUAUCCAGCCCAGAUAGCCAAAACAACUCUUUGUCAGAGGAAGAGCAGCAAAAGGUUGAAUGUGAGGUAGGCUCUAUGGGACCGAAUGUCAGUGUUGAUGAAAGCACGUGUAACUCAGAUGUGGAUGAUCCGUCUUCAGGGGAAGAGCAGCCUGAGGUUGAAUGUAAGGGACUAAAUGUUAUAAUUGAGGAAAGUUCAUCUGGCUUGGAGGAAGAGGAGGAAGAACACCUUGGCAAUCCUCUGGAUCACAGGGAACAAAUACCAAAAUGUAGAGAGUUAAAGGCUUUGAUAGAAGAGACAGAGGAAGAGAAGGUCAGCUCAGAUGAUGAGGACUACCAUGUUGACAAAACACAAAUUUGUGAUAAGACAAAAAGUCCUGUAGAAGGGGAUCUAAGCAAUUUGAUCGAGAAUCAGGAUUCAUAUCCCAAAAAGUCUGACAGUUUAAUGAAUACAGAAGAGGAUAGUGGGAAUGACCACAGCAGCUGUGACGAGCAUGUAGAGCUAGAGUUACCAAUGGUCAAAGAUGAACAGAUCAGCAGCUCAAAUGAAGAAGAAUUAAGCUAUGAUGAAAAGGAGUUCAGCUCAGAGGAGGAACAUGCCAAUAUGGGGAGAUAUAUAGAAGAGAGUGGUGCAGAAUACCAGGAAGCUCCUGCACUAGCAGCACAGUCUGAAGAUGCAAAAUAUGAAAAGGCUGUGAAAAAACUCAAGCAUAACUCCGAAGAAAUAAUAUCCCAAUCUGUGGCAGAGAGAGUAAUUCUUCUGGAAAAACAAGCUGCUGAUGCCCAGAAGACAACAGAAAGUUCUGCCAUCAGACGAUCCUCACAAAGAAAUGCCCCUCUUGAGUCAGAUGUCGAAGAUUCACCCUCUGAAUCACCCACAUCUCAGUCGGCUCCCUGCGCUCGUUUGCCUCCUCAGUCGUCCUUAUCUUUCAGCUAUGAUUCCAGCGGGGUUAUAACCACAGAGCCUGAAGGCAGCAGGGUCAGAAACAUCAGGGAAAUGUUCCUGGCAAAGAGUGCCACAGAUAUUCAGCAUGGGCAUGGACGUUUCCAGAGCCCGAAAAGAUCAGAGUUAAGAGCACAGACCUCAGCUAGUGGUGGGUAUCAGUCUCAAACAUCAAGUGAACUGUCCAGCGGCGAGGAUGAUUCAGCACGGAAAUCCAUCACUAAAGGCUUCGUGAGAAGAACGAUCGAAAGACUUUAUGGCAAAAGAGAUCCUGAUGAGGAAGUGAGUGAAAGGCCGCCAUCUGCGCCAAAACAGAAAAAGAAAGAGCCAUCAAGCAUUUUCUCUCCCUUCCACAUAGCCGGGUCCAAAGCAAUGUCUGAGUUGUCUUACUUUAAUUCCACUAAUGCAAUGGACACCUUAAGUGAAGCAGCACGUUGCAUUGCUUUUAAUGCACAAGUUGGGCCUGGAGACGGCGUCCCUAUUGAUCAUGAACAGUGGCUCCUUAGAGACAACACACUGAUCAGAAAGUCUGCUUCAGACCCAGUUGGUAUCAACAAAACCUUCACAAGCUCUUCUCAAGGAAUGUGUGAGGACACAGAGGAGGACACCCCAUAUUCCCUUUUCAGCACAAAGUCUGAAGUGGAAGACAAGAAGUCGUCACUUUCCAGGAAGUGCACCUACUUCUCGUUGCCCAAUUCUAGAGGUGAUUCAGACGCAUGUCAGGACGAGGCGAGCACGGUUAGCAAGAGCAGUGCGAAUGGUGACAGUAUCAUGGAUACAAAGGACAUUUCAGAGGACACCAAAACGUGGGCAGAGAGGAACGGCACGCUACCCGGAGUUGGUGUUAGUGACUUUAAGAUGAUGGAUAACAAAGUGCACCCGCUGGUAGAGCCUCCACCUGAUGGCGAGGCUGUAGUUGUACAGCCCAGGAAAGGUCAGGGUGUCAUGAGCAGGAGGAUUCAGGAACCUGAUAUGUUGGACAUACUGUAUGAUUUUUGUGGGCAGAAUUGUCCCAUCCUGUGAGGACAUUUUAGCUUUUUAACACACAAUCAAGACAAGGACUUUUUUCAUCUAAAUAAGUGUACAUUGCUUGUUGUUGGUGCCUACACUUUGAUGUUGCCAUAACCUUGGCAUAAUACACAAUCAUAUGUCAACUCAUUUGAGCCAACUACCGAAUGUGUUACAAGCCAGUGGAUUCAACCUUCAUAUUUUACCAUGAAUGUCAAGAGCUUGUGAUCACUUUGUCAGAUUAUGCUCCUUGUUUAAUGUGAAGUUUGUGAAUGUUUUUUCAUAACAUCGUGAUUGUGUAUUUGCCACGCACACUCCAGAGCAGCUCUUAUCUUCUUAUAGGUUGCCUGUCAACAGAUCAAGUACCCAGAGCAUUACUGUAAUCUUAUUUUAAAACUCUUAAAACAGAUCAAGUCCCCACAGAUGUCAGGCAACAAGGCCAAUCUGCACUGCACUGAGUGAACGGGUCAGUUUGUUGUUGCAGCUCAGGUUUGGGAUGAAGUUCAGGUCAAAAACGUGCUGAAAAAAGAAACCUGAAUGACAGGCUGUGUGCAGAUUGUAGGAAUUGAUUUAAUGGUGUUUUGUAUGGUGAUUCUCUAAAGUGUAAAUAAGACAUUAAUGAUUUUCACUAACCAUAGCUUAACAUAUUUAAAAUAACCUGAACUUUAUAAUUAGGAUAAAUGGUUUUUUGGUUUCAAUGUGGCAGCUGUGACAUUUUUGUCUCUUUAAAUUGAUGUGUCAGAAUAAAAUUGUGUGUUUACAAAUA